CAGGCGGCAAGGGUCACUUUCGAGGGAGCGUCGCGCGCCCUCCCUCGCUUUGACCUCUGCCUCCUUUUUUUUUUCUUUUUCAAAUUGGUCUUAUCCUCGCGAGACUCAGAUUAUAAACGAAAAAAACAUUACGUGGGCCAUAAUCGUACGGAACUUUGGAAGCCAACUCAAUGGCAUCCUCUACUGCUGUACCUGUAGGUUUUCAUUAUGAAACAAAAUACGUUGUCCUCAGUUAUUUGGGUCUCUUGUCACAGGAAAAGCCUCAGGAACAGCCCUCUCUGUCCACUCAAGAUCCAUCUACGUUUUCACAAGCUGUAGAAAAAGAGAUCUUGGAGAAAGUUAAAGCCGAAAUUGAGGAAGAAUUAAAACAUCUUGAUGAAGAAAUUUUGGAAGCUUUCACUACAACUGGCUUUGACUGCCACACAUCUCCAGUAUUUAGUCCUGCAAACCCAGAGACUUCAAUUGAAGACUGCUUAGCUCAUCUUGGAGAGAAAGUAUUCCAAGAAUUGAAAGAACCUCUUGAAAAGGCAUUAGAGAUCCUACUUAGCAAACCACUGAAUUAUCAGGAAUAUAAAGAGAGGACGCAGGAAGCAGCAAGUCAUGCUAGUGGAUGGAGCAAGGUUUUAGUUCCCCUGGUGAUUCUUCAGAGGUUCUUGGUAGAGCUGACCAAACGGGGCCAAGAACCACUUGGUGCACUUCUGAACUUUGGAGUAACCUACCUUGAAGAUUAUGUUGCAGAUUACAUCAUCCAGCAAGGUGGAUGGGGAACUGUUUUCAGUUUGGAUUCUGAAGAGGAAGAAUUCCACGGAAUCAUUGCUGAAGACAGUAAUGACAUCUACAUCCUAACUAGUGACAACUCAGGCCAGGUGAGCCCACCUGAGUCACCCACAGUAACAACAUCUUGGCAGUCGGAGAGCUUACCUGUUUCUUUGUCGGCCAGCCAGAGCUGGCAUACAGAGAGCCUGCCAGUUUCGUUGGGGCCCGAGUCGUGGCAGCAAGUAGCUAUGGAUCCUGAAGAAGUGAAAAGCUUGGACAGCAAUGAAGGCGGUGAAGAAAGGAGUGAAAACAACUCUUCCAAUUCAGAUAUUGUACAUGUUGAAAAGGAAGAGAUACAAGAGAGUGUUGAGGAGGCAGCAGUGUCGGAAAUGGGCGUGCAAGCAAGGGCUAAAAAAUUGAGCUUGCCAGAAGUCCCAGCUGCCUUGCCGAAAAUGGAGUCUGAGGCUGAAAGCUUGUUGAUUAAAAGACUACGCCCUUCUGCACCGUUGCCCACCGAGGGCCACAAAGAGGGGAGCGCAGUGGAAUAUCCUGAUCCUGAACCAUUGAUGUUGAGUAAAACUGCCAAACAACUAACUCCUUCAAGUGAAAAGGCUUCCCCCAAGCCUGAGAAAAUACAGCUGCCAGAAGAAGCAGCAAAACUACCGAGGGAGAGCUAUUCUGAAGAAAAGUCCCCGGAUGGAGAGGAGAAACCCAUUCUUUUGCCAGAAGGCAAAUCGCUUCUGCUCUACGGUGGGGCAGCUGCAGUAGCGAUCCUGGCUGUUGCAGUAGGUGUAGUGCUGACCCUGAGGAAGAAGUAGUCAGCUGUUCUCUUAAGAGAUACUGUCUGAAUUGGUUGCAUUGACUUAAGAUUUGCUAUGCCUCCUGUUAAUGAGAAAUCUGUGUAACGUGACAGGAAGGUGGGACAUGAGUUUACUGCUAAUUCUAGGACAAUCAUGUUUUUAGUGGCCUGGGACUGGAUCUUCCUCUUUAAUUAUAGGGGUAAUAUUGGAACACCCUUGCACAUCUAAGUAUCUCAAUAUAUCUGAAAAAAUUGGGGUGGGGAAGGUUGCUUAUACACUGGAAAUCGGAUCAUGAAAUCCCAGGGCAAUGGAAAAGUUAAUUGUUAACCCUGGAGAAUUUCUUUAUGUAGCUGCCAUUGCAGCUUCUUUGUUCACCUCCACCUCUUGAAUGAGAGGUUCUCUAAUCAUGUAGCAUGAGGCUACUUCGUAUCUUUUUGUCUCGGCUUCCUCAGGUACUGCAUUGCUCCCAAAUUUUAUGAUUAAACCCCUAA